UCUAUCGUAAUAUUUUUUUUUAAAUCUAUAAAACUGAAAAAACGUUCGACUGAUGAACAGUUUGAUAUGGAAGAUUAGGCGAUGAAAUGGGUACAUUGGUGAUGACCGUCUAAAGGAAUAAAUCUUUAAAAUGGGUGACCGACAGUGUGAUUUUCCUGCCCUCCCUGUGGACAAAAGACUCAUAAACAUCAAUUUUCCCACCACGCCAAACAACAGUUUGACGUCCACCCCAUCCGGCCUUGAACCCAACCAUGAACUGCCGAGUUUCAAUAACGCCGAAACAGUGAGAAAAAUCCAGGAGAAAAAACGAAAAUUGGAAAACUAUGGCUUUGAGAAUUCUGACAAUGACUUGAGUUUUCCUUUCACCCCUCAGAACAGCACGGUUGAUUCCCCGUUUGAAAGUUUCGCCCGUGAGCAUAAUUUGCCGAGUUUCUGCAACGCAGAGAUGGUGGAUAAGGUCAGAGUAAAACGGAAAAGUUUGGAUAUGCUACGGGAAGAAGGUGUUGCUCAAUUGUCAAUGGAGGAAGGACAUACAGACAAUAUGGAGGACGCAUUCGGAUUCGAUCCGUUCACGCCAAGUAAUUCCGUCUCGGAUCACAAAUUUGAUAAAUUUGCAAAAGAGGUGAAUCUGCCGAGUAUGCGGAAUUCUGAAACGGUGAAACAGAUUCGGGAAAAGAGGGAAAAGUUGAAACAGAACGUUUUGCAAAAUGCGGGAUUUCCCAGCGAGGAGGGGGAGGGGUUAUUAAUAGACCUAUCAGCAGACGCCGAACCCGUGAUGGGCGACCACAAUCCUUUGACGUACGAAGGGGCCAGAGAUGAGUUCAACAAAUCUGGUGACUUUUACGAUUUUGAGAAAUCGGCCGACUUCACACCUUUUACUCCGCAGAAUAGCGCCAGUGGUCAAAUGUUUGACCAUUUCGCUCAGGAGCAUGAUCUGCCCAGUUUCAAUUCCGCAGCUAUGGUGGAAAAGAUUUGCAAGAAAAAGAACUCGCUGCGAAAGGAACCUUGUGCGUCCAACGCCAUCAACUUGUUAAAAAGUGUACCGUUCACACCCCAGAAUAGCUACACGAAUUUGGGAUCUUUUGCACCUCUUCCUCAAACGGAUAAAUAUCUGUCGGAGGGAUUCAUGUUCGACCCUGAUGAGCUGGUCUCACGAGUUGCAGCAAAACGCAAAAUGUCUGAAUGUCUGGAUUUAGACGCCAUUGAUAAUGGCAACAGUUGUUCUUCAACUGAUGAGGAAGUGAUGUUCGCGUUCCAAGGGGAUCUACCUGGACAAGCAGCUCUUGGCGAAUUGGAGAAAGACACCCAUUCUAGCGCAAGCUCCGGGAGUGCGAGUCUCAGCGGGUAUGAGAAUUUCAUGUGCGGUGUGAGUUCAAGUGACGAGGGUCUAAGUCGGCAUAUAUGUGGCGAUACUGGUGCUAGUAACAUGAAAGAGUUUGACAUCGGCAAUAAUUUUAUUAAAGGGAUUUUGGAAUCGGCCGUAGACAUUGUCAGAAAGGACCUAUCAAAGCCUGUGAUUGAUAACGUUGUUGGCCAAUCAGAGGGUCUGGUACCUGUUGAUAGUGUAAGCCAAUCAUGUGGUGCGUCAGUGGUUCAUGAUUCUAGCGCAAGCUCGGGUAGUGCCAGUCUAAGCGCGUAUGAGAAUUUUAUGUGCGGUGUGAGUUCAAGUGACGAGGGGUUAAGUCGGCAUGUAGGUGGCGAUACUGGUGCUUGUAACAUGAAAGAGUUAGAAAUUGCUCAUAAUUUUGUCGAAGGGAUUUUGAAGACUGCAAUAGACAUUGUCAGAAGUGACCAAUCCAAACCUGUGAUAGAUAGCGUUGUCAGCCAGUCACAGGGUCAGAUACAAGUUGAUCCUAUGGGCAUUGCAUUGGUUGAUCAAUUGGGAAGUAGUGAUGACAUUUACGAAUCAGAACCACUGUUAGAUACCAUCACAAAUAUGGACCAAUCAGAGAGCCCGAGACAUGAUUCAAAUUCAAAGAAAGCAGGCUUUUCAUUGACAAGUACGCGAGUCAGAUUCUCUGUUGAUGAUGAAGAAUUAUCGAAAGAUGCAUAUUCUGAUAUGAUCGCAGAUGAAAUUGCCGGGGACAGUGAUGCUGUUGUCCCAAUAGGGGGCAUUCUACAAAUAAAUCAUGAGGACACUUGGGAACAGAAAAUGUUUACCCAUAACUGGGAUGGGGAUUCAUCCAAUGACAGCUCAGAUUCAGAAGGUCAUGUGGGGUCAUAUGACGUUAACGCAAUAAAACAAAAUGGUGGUUCUUAUGACAUCGACGCGUUAAACCAAGAUGUCGUCAAAAACGUUGCACAGACAUUCGUCGAUGACAUCAUAAAGGACGCUUGCGAUAAAUAUCAAAAUGAGGCUCAGGAAGCAGCGUUGAAAAAAGUUGCAGAUGAAUUUGUUGCGGGGGUGUUAAAAAGUGCGGCGGAUGCAUACGUUCAGAGCUGUGAUGAGGCUGCAGAGGAAUUUUGUGUGGAAUUGAUUCGGCAGGCGCUCGAUGAGUUUUCGGCGCCGGAUAAAAAUGAUGCGAGUGAUGAUACUGGUAUCUUUGAGGCAAGCGAUGGAUUCAUUAGCCCGGCCGGGGAACGAUUAGGAAAACUGAGUAGCGUUGAUUCGGAAAUUAGCAACGGAUAUCGCAAGGGGACACCGAAGUCUCUUAGCUUGGAUAGUCCAUUACAGUUCAGCAGACAGGAGAAUAUAGACUCGGAGGGGAACAAUUCAGCGAAAAGAUUAAAGAAAAAUCUCAGUGAACCAACGCCGGGUUUUGGGCGCCGGAUGAGCGAUUUGGAUAUUGAGACAGAAUAUCUAUGUUCCUAUGAUCCGCUAUUUGGAAAUAUGGAGAUUGUUUCUAGUCCGGAUCAUUCAUUUUCAACGGACGCCACGCGCGAUAUUGCGGAGAAUGAGAGUUUUAAACGCAUGAGGAAGGAAUCGGGUAUUUUUGAUGAUUCGGAUGGCGAGGAUAUGGACUCCUUGAAAAAGUUUCUGGAAUUGCGGGCAAUGCAGGAACAUUUUGCCGAAAAGGAUGAUUCGCCCUCUGGUGUGGAAAGUGUGAAUUAUAAUGUCCCACCUGGCGCUGCAAGGAACAGUGCACCAGCUGGUGGCAGCUCCAAGAACUUUAACUAUAAAGUUCCCUCUGGUGGGAAUUCUGUGAACUUUCAAGUACCACUUGAAAAGAGUUCGGUGAACUUUUGUAAUCAGAAUAAUGAUGGAGAUAAUUGCAAUAGUUAUGGACCUAAUUUAUGCAGGCAUUCUGAUACAGGCCCAGCUGGUCGUUCAAGUAGGCCUAGUGCUGGUAGCAACAGAACAGUGUGUACCGCUCACGACUCGGGAAUUGAUCCAGGGACUGAAUAUGUAAAUGCCACAUCUGGGGGACGAGGAUCAAACACCUGGGGACGAGGUGAUCCAGCUUGGGAUGUAGGUUCGCAUGGAGUAGUGGAGACAUGUGAUAUUGAUAGAUGUGAAUCGGAUCGGAUUAAACAAGGUGUGUUUGAUGGUGAUAAGUUUGGAUUAGGUGAAGUAGGCAAAAACGGAGUGAGGUUGGAAAGGCGUGAUUUGGACGGGUCACCGCGAAUCAGCCAGACUGAUAGUGGAGUGAAAUGGUCAAAACAUGACCAAACUUGGAUCAGUAGGUUUGAUGUAACGGCAACAGAAACUGAUGCCUUAUUGGAUAACACUGAUCACUAUUUUCCAGAAACGGAAAAACCUGAGCGUCACUUUGGAGUGAAUUCGGCCGUCAGCGACGCCGAUGCUUUUGAGGAUUUAUCUGAGCGUGAAGACAGCGAGGUAUUCCUGGACGAUUCUGCUGCAGCGUUGUUAGGAAGUGCCGCGGGAAGUCGAAGAUCGAGCGCCAAAUUCAGCGCAAGUAGCGUGAGAACUUGGAGCAGUCUUGGGAGCCGCAGUAGCAAGUCGGAUUAUGGGAGUACGUCAGACCCUGGAGUAACUUUCGGAGAUUAUGUUCGAGACUUAUUCAUACAUGUCAGACGUCACAACGGUGAGAUCGUAGUUUUGCGGAAGACGUUCCUCCAGGAUAAAAUGUCGAGACUUGGCAUCAAGAUGGAGAAAGCGAGUCAGAAGGAGAUAUUUUAUACGACAGCGGGCCGCAUCAGCAUCCAGGUUGAUUCGUUCCCGGAGUUUUUGGAAGACGGGACGAGGGUGAUUGACGAGGAUGGGUUCGUACAACUUCUCGGAGGACGAUAUGAGAUUUCGCAAGAUUUGCUGGACUCAGCCGAUCGUCUUUGUAAGAAGAUUGACGAGGUUAAAGAGAAUGAGCAGAGAAUGAAGGAGGGAGGAAGUUUGACAGGCGUUGAUGAUGACCUCCAAGCAUCGUCAACACCAAUCAAAGCUCCAGACGUCGUCCAUGACACUGAGGGCUCAGAUGGAGAGGACAAUAAUAACGAAUCGAAGAAGUUCUCACGUCCGUCGACGUUAGAAACCAGUGGCAGCUUCCGACGAAAGAUCCGCGUCAAAAACAUGGAGGAGUUGGAUUUUAGGAACGAGCGGUUCCCGUCAUUUGGUGAGGCUGAUGCUAUGUCAAAUGACAACGUAGAUUUGGAUAAGACGUUUGAUCCGGAUGAUAUUCAGACUCCGGACGAGUUGGAUACGCCGGACUUAGAGGCGUUGGGUGUGACUGAUUCAGAGUUUGAAGAUGAUGAUGAAUCUACGACACCAGAGGGCGACUCUGACAACGCCAUCGAACCUAUCCCAGAAUACACCGCAACUGAAGAAUUCCAAGAAUCGCGGAAUUGGCGGAAAGUCACAAUCGCCGAAAAAACGUAUAAGAUCGACAUGAAAGUCAUCGAACCGUAUAAAAAGGUGCUGUCUCAUGGAGGUCACUAUGGUAACGGACUGAAUGCAAUCAUCAUCUUCGCCUCGUGUUAUUUACCAGACAAGGGUCGGACUGAUUAUAAUUACGUAAUGGACAAUCUCUUCUUAUAUGUGAUCAGUACGCUAGAACUGCUCGUUGCCGAGGACUACAUGAUAGUUUACUUCCACGGGUCGACGCCAAGGACGCGCAUGCCCACGAUCGGGUGGAUGCGACGGUGCUAUCAAAUCAUUGACAGAAGACUUCGAAAGAACCUGAAAGGCCUCCUCCUGGUUCAUCCGACAUUCUGGUUAAAGACGGUCAUCCUGAUGACACGGCCUUUCAUCAGCACCAAGUUCAGCUCAAAGGUCAAGUUCAUCCAUUCCCUGAAGGAGCUAGGUCAGGCCAUACCCAUGGAGUAUGUUUUCGUACCUGACCAAGUCAAAAGCGCUGAUGAGAAAAUCGAGAACAAAAAACUGAAAAAAUCCAGACGUGGCAAAAAUGCGCCACCUUGUGAUAAUUUCGAGAACUCUCAGGACAAUCAUGGUUUUGGCGACAUGGCCCUGAAAAAGGACAAAAAUCGUAUGAUGUCGCUCGAUGGGAAUGCGCCGCGGUUUAGUAGGAAAGGAUCAAGCGUACCGAGUUUGGGUCAGAAACGUGGGAGCGUGCCAUGGUGAGGAGAGGUUCCAAGGAUGUUGUUGGGUUAUUGGAUGAGGUGGAUUGAACGACAGGACAGGAUCUGUUGUGAUGAUCAUCAGUCUCUUUAGGCAUUCGCAACGUUGCCAUGGAUAUAUCAGUGUCUGGUGAAUGCAAAGUCAAAAAUGAGAUCUCUUGAGACAAGGGAACUUGUUAUACUGAAAGAAAUUGUACAAGCUUUGACUGUACUGGAUGACGUGAGACCCAAGACUUUGUUAUAUCGAAGUGAAUUGUACAGUUUGACUGUAUUUGUAUAUGUUGACAUGAAGUAGAAUUUGGAGGCCUUAAACAGUUAGCUGUUGAAAUGGUUGUGCAACCUGUGAAAAAAGAAGGAUUUGUUGAAAUGUAAGUUAAUUAGAAACUGGAGGACCGGUCGGCAGCAGUAGUCAGCGGUUCAACUCACAAUAGGUUUCAGCCCAUGUCUAACCCAAAACCUCCAAUAGUAAAGGGAAGUACAAAAACUACUCCUUAUGAUGUAAAUAUUUCAAACAAGGUGCUUCAUUCUCAAGUAAUAAAGAGGCAAUUCCUCCCACACUAUUCCUGCCAAGAAUUAUAGAUUCAAAAUGAAUUUCAAAACAUUCUUUUUAUGGCAAAAUGUAUUUUCAGAUGUAACCAUUUCAAAGUUAGAUUCAGUUUCUGCCAAGUUUGUUGUCAAUUUUGAAUCAAAGUUAAAAGUUUGUGUGGAUUGCUUUCUUACUGUAAGCAAUGGCGUAUUCUGUAGGGAAAGGCGUACACCUGUCACUCCAGCAGUCUCACCAGUUUGGCAAAGACGUACCUCUGAGCUCAGGCUAUGAAUGGAUUGCAACGCCGAAUCAUUUCUUUACCUUUUGUUGUAAGUCGACGUGUACAUAAGACAACGUGAAAAUGUUAUGUAAAAAGUGCACCAAUCUAUUUUUGUAGUGUGGAUUUUGUAAACAGGUAUGAUAUAUGUUCUAGUUUAUUCCAGACAUUUAUGGCAUCAGCAAUGAAAUAUUAGAUAAAUUCAGAUGUUGAUUUGAGGUGAUUUUUUUCUCUAGUUCAGUCAUCAAGUCAGGUUAUUGUGGGUUUUUUGUUACUGAAAAUCACUUAAAGGUAAACAAUGUUGAGAGAUUUGAUUUUUGCCCAUGAGUGAGAACACUAUUUUCUUGGUAGAAGCCGGUAUAUUCUGGUUUGGUUUGCAGAAAAAUGAUGAUUUGUACCGAACAUUGUUCGCCUUUAAUUGAUGUCAGUGUGUUUUUGAACUGAUAAUUUGUUGACAGGAAUGACACACUUUGUGUAGACUCUACCAUUGACUUGUAUGAAUCCAGGGUGAACCUGAUUAUGUUGCCCUAGAGUUAGUUCUGAACGUUUUGUUGUUUUGUACUCUAUAAAAAUCUGUUUGCAUAAAUUGUAGUUUUUGUACAAAUUGUUUUGCCCAAGAACCUAAUCUUCCAUCUUGAAUAUGGUUGCCUGGCAAUAGUUGCUUGGCAACAGUGUUGGCUGUUUGUAGUUGCUAUGGAUACAUGAUAACUUAUUGUUUGUUUGUUGAUUGCUUUUGUGUUGUAGUGCAAUUUGGUGUAAAUUUUGAUGAUAUGUUGGUUAAUGAUGUGAUUGAUCAGAAUAGUAAUGAAGGGGUCGCCCAUUUGGGGAAAUCGUGGGAAUGAUGCAUCCUGGGAUGUUGCCUGGUUUCACUUCUGUAUUGUGCAAGAAAUAUGCGAGAGAAAUGUAAUUGGUACGUCAUGACAUUUGAUGAUCCGAGAGGAUUUUGUAACGUGGGUGCUCAUUGGAUGAACUGAUCGUACGCGGUACCCGUGGGCAAGAUUAGAUAUUGUACAUACUUAAUCUUUUGUUAGAAUGAGUAACCAUAGUUACAGAUAUGUGAUUAACUAGACAUUCCACUUGAGUAUAGCUUGUCUUAAGCGCCCCACAGGCAGCUUAGAUAUCAGGGUGACCUGUGAGCAUGAUCUCAUGCAACAAAGAUCACUUGUUUGUAUUGGUCAUCACUGUCACCUGUGACAAGAGUCAGUGAUGACAGAGACCUCUGAUCAAUAUCAUACCCAGUGAUUAACGGUGUUACAUCAGAACGUGUUUUCAAACAUCUCAUCAACUGUUUGUGUUCACUUUGCCCCCUAACCAAGAACUGUUUAACGACGUACUGAUUUGUCUGCAGUAAUUCACAGUUAGAUGUUGGUUUCUCCUCCUCUGACUAAUAGGGUAAGACUCGUCACAAGUCGAGCUCGGAGUCAUCUGUUGAUUGUCUGUGAUUUCCUUAUACAGUUGGUUACUUGUACAUCUAUUUCAUCCCACAAUAUCAUUAUAGAUAAUAAACAGUUGUCGUAGUGCCCUUAGUGGUAAAGAGUGACAUGACUUUUCGACCUUGACCUGUGACUAUUGUACAGACGUUAUUGCGUAAGAGAUUGUAUAUAUUUGUGAUUGUUGAAAUAAAUGAAAUCUCUAGAA